AUGAAUCCCCAAACGCCUCUACCUACCAGUACAUCGGAGCCGGAAGAAAAUACAUCACAAUAUGGACGCCCAUCCUCGCCAGAACAUACACUUAUUGAAAACGAAGAGUCAACAAUCACUCUGCGCCCAUCGUUAGAAGAUGUAACACCUGAAUUAAAAAGUAUCGACUUGAAAAAAACUGAUAUACCCACAACUGAAGCCGAAUCAAAGAAAAGAGGAUGGAGAUUCUAUGGAAGUUUUGCAUGUUUAGCAAUCUUAAACUUAGUUUGCGCUGUUGACGCAACGAUUCUUUCUGUGGCUUUACCAACCAUUGCCACAAGUUUACAUGCCACGGCUAUCCAAGCUUUCUGGUGUGGUACAUCAUUCCUUCUUUGCUCUACAGUCUUUCAGCCUACAUGGGCAGCUUUCUCGCACAUCAUUGGUCGUAAAUCAGUACUCAUGACCGCACUCUUUCUCUUCUCCGUCGGUACAAUACUUUGCUCUGUUUCCGAGAACAUUGAACUACUCUUGGUAGGAAGAUGUAUACAAGGUAUUGGUGGAGGCGGUCUCGUGGGGUUGACUUAUGUCCUUCUUGCCGAUAUGGUCACUCUCCGUGAGCGUGGUAAAUGGAUGUCGAUUAUUUCACUUCAAUGGGCAAUCGGAUCUGUGAUUGGUCCAGUCAUUGGUGGUGCUUUCGCAGAAAAGCUAACGUGGAGAUGGAUCUUUUGGUUGAAUAUUCCUUUCUGCGUUGUCAGUGCUGUUGGUAUUCCGAUUUGUUUGAAGUUGAAUAUUAAAAAAGGUUCCAUGUGGGCUAAACUUAAGGCUUUUGACUGGCUUGGGUCAUUUUUGUUUGUUGCUUCUACGACCAGUCUUCUGAUUCCUCUUACUUGGGGAGGUGUUAUGCAUUCCUGGAGCUCCGUCCGCACACUCGUACCACUACUCAUCGGUAUCGGUGGCCUCAUUGCCUUCCUCCUUUAUUCAAUCUUCCGAAAGGGUGACCCCUUAAUCAGACGUUCACUUUUCAACUCCCCCACAGCAAUUGUCGCUUACUUCGGAACACUCGUCCAUGGCAUUUGUGUUUGGUCUGUGCUCUUCUACAUGCCAUUAUACUUUGAAGUGGCCAAAAAAUACACCCCGAUCCAAGCUGGCAUUGGUCUCUUUCCCAUGACAUUCACAACCGCACCAGCCGCCGUAGUAGUCGGACUCAUCAUUGCUAAAACUGGUCGCUACCGCCCCUCAAUUUGGGCAGGCUGGGCUCUCACCACGUUCGGGCUUGGUCUUCUCAUCCUCCUUAAAGAAUCCACAUCAAUAGUAUCCUGGAUAUUUAUCAAUCUCAUCCCAGGCAUUGGAUUAGGCACCCUUUUCUCUGCUCAAGGUUUCGCCGCCCAAGCUUCAGCCAGUAACGCUGAUCUUCCAUUUGCCGGAGCCAUGUAUUCCUUCUUCCGAGCCUUUGGCCAAACAAUCGGUGUAGCCAUCUCCGGCGUCAUAUUUCAAAACUCAUUCCAGAAAAAGAUUCUCAAAACAGCCUAUGCGGUUUAUGCGAACGAAUGGUCAAGAGAUGCAUCCGCGUUUGUCCAAAUCGUGAAAGCAUGGUCAGAUACUGGCGCAGAGGGAGAGAUGAAGCAAGUUGUUAUUGGAGCCUAUGUUGGGAGUUUGAAGAUGGUGUGGAUUGUUAUGUGUGCAUUGGCUGGAUUGGCUUUUGUGACUAGUUUGGUCUUUACGAAAGAGAUUCCGAUGAGUAGGGAGUUGGAGACAGAUCAAGGGUUUGAUUAUGAAUAUACCGAGAGGAAAGGAAAAGGAUUAAGUCAAACAACUGUUCCUAUUACGCCGCAGCGUAAUGGAGAUGAGAUGGCUUAA